GAAAAGUUGACGUUCUCUCAGAGUUAACGUGAGAAAGAGAUUGAGAGAGGAUGGCAAUUCUUGAAAUCAAAGAUGUGGAGAGGGGUGAAACACUAAACAGGGUGGAGGAUCUUGAGAAUCCAUUGUUGAAGAAAGUGGCUGAUGAUCAAGAUCAUGAAGAAGAGAGUGAGAUUAAUGAAUCUUACUCUAUGGUUCUCUUCAGCACUUUCGUUGCUGUCUGUGGCUCCUUUGAGUUUGGCUCUUGUGUUGGAUACUCAGCUCCUACUCAAUCAUCUAUAAGACAUGAUCUCAAUCUCUCCCUUGCUGAGUUCUCCAUGUUUGGGUCAAUAUUAACAAUCGGUGCAAUGCUUGGUGCUGUUAUGAGUGGACAUAUUUCAGAUUUGACUGGCCGUAAAGGGGCGAUGAGAACUUCAGCUUUCUUCUGCAUAACUGGUUGGCUCGCUGUCUUCUUCUCCAAGAGUGCUUUGUUACUCGAUGUAGGAAGGUUCUUCACAGGUUAUGGCAUUGGAGUUUUUUCUUAUGUGGUGCCUGUGUACAUUGCUGAGAUAUCUCCCAAGAAUCUACGAGGUGCACUCACAACGUUGAACCAACUCAUGAUUGUGAUCGGCUCAUCUGUUUCUUUCUUGAUUGGAUCUCUCAUUUCCUGGAAAAUUCUUGCCCUUACCGGACUUGCUCCCUGCAUUGUGUUGCUAUUUGGAUUGUGCUUCAUACCCGAGUCUCCCCGUUGGCUGGCAAAAGCAGGACGAGAGAAAGAGUUUCGUGUAGCGCUACAAAAGCUUAGAGGAAGAGAUACGGAUAUCACAAAUGAAGCUGAAGAGAUUCAAGCCUCCAUUCAAUCUCUUGAGAUUCUUCCAAAAGCAAGAGUUCAAGAUCUUGUCUCCAAGAAAUAUGGUCGAUCUGUCAUCAUUGGUGUUUCCCUAAUGGUAUUCCAACAGUUUGUGGGGAUCAAUGGGAUUGGAUUCUACGCAAGUGAAACGUUUGUAAAAGCCGGACUUUCGUCUGGCAAAGUCGGAACAAUUGCUAUCGCUUGUGUUCAGGUGCCAAUAACUGUUCUUGGAACAGUCUUGAUAGAUAAAUGUGGAAGAAGGCCACUAAUAAUGGUUUCAGCUGGUGGUAUCUUCUUAGGAUGUAUACUCACAGGAACAUCUUUCUUCCUCAAGGGACAAAGUCUGCUGCUUGAAUGUGUUCCUUUCUUAGCCGUGGGAGGUGUACUUGUCUACGUAGCUGCUUUCUCCAUCGGAAUGGGACCUGUUCCUUGGGUGAUAAUGUCUGAGAUAUUUCCAAUAAACGUGAAAGGAAUCGCAGGAAGCUUAGUAGUACUGGUGAACUGGUCUGGUGCUUGGGCUGUGUCUUACACUUUCAACUUUCUCAUGAGCUGGAGCUCUCCAGGUACGUUCUACAUGUACUCUGCUUUUGCUGCGAUGACGAUUAUCUUCGUGGCGAAGAUGGUGCCUGAGACGAAAGGGAAGACACUCGAAGAGAUCCAAGCUUCUAUUCGAAGAGAGACGUAAGCUGACAGAUACAAUCAAAUUUUUGGGGGAAUUUUUAUCAAAAGACUCGAGUUUCUUCGGGUGGGUGAGCUCAAGGGUGGAGUAGAGUGAAACUGCAUGAGGAUUUUGUUUUAAUGUUAUGAAAAUUAGGUUUAUUUUGUCACGUUAAGGUUUCCAUCAGUUAGGUUUUGAUUGAUUUAUGUGGUGGGAUGGGGAAUCGUGGAAAGUUAUAUGAAAGAUUUAAUGGAAUGGACUUGGUAUGAAAAUCAGUAGCAUUUAAAUAAAAC